AGUGAUUGAUACGCGUAGCCACGUAGAGAGACAAGUGUGAAAUGUCAAAGUGAGAGUUAAAUUAACUUGAGCGUCUUCUGUUGAGACUCAGAUCUUAUUCAAAAAUCCAAACAACAAUGGACCUCCGUGAAUCGAUAAGCAACCAAACCGACGUCGCUCUGAGCAUCACAAAGCUCCUGUUGUCGAAAAACGCUCGGGACAGUAACCUCGUGUACUCGCCGCUGUCGUUGCACGUUGUUCUGAGCAUCAUCGCUUCUGGCUCCAAGGGCCCCACACUCGAUCAGCUUCUCUCCUUCCUCCGAUCCAAGUCCACCGACCAUCUCAACUCCUUCGCCUCUCAGCUCGUCGCCGUCGUGCUCUCCGACGCCGCUCCCGCCGGCGGGCCUCGCCUCUCCUUCGCCGACGGCGUGUGGGUUGAGCAAUCCCUCUCUCUUCACCCUUCCUUCAAACAACUUGUCAGUGCUCAAUACAAGGCCACUUUGGCUUCAGUUGAUUUCCAGACCAAGGCGGUUGAAGUGACAAAUGAAGUUAAUUCAUGGGCUGAAAAGGAGACAAAUGGCCUUGUUAAAGACCUUCUUCCUCCUGGAUCAGUUGACAAUUCAACCAGACUUAUCUUUGCAAAUGCACUGUACUUCAAAGGAGCAUGGAAUGAGAAGUUUGAUGCUUCAAUAACAAAAGACUACGAUUUUCACCUUCUUAAUGGCAGUUCAGUCAAGGUUCCCUUCAUGACGAGCAAGAAGAAGCAGUUUAUUAUGGCUUUUGAUAGUUUCAAAGUCCUUGGUCUUCCCUACAAGCAAGGCGAAGAUAAGCGCCAAUUCACCAUGUACUUUUUCCUUCCAGAAACAAAAGAUGGGCUGUUAGCUUUGGCUGAGAAGUUGGCUUCUGAAUCUGGGUUCUUGGAACGCAAGCUUCCUAACCAAAAAGUGGAAGUAGGGGACUUCAGGAUCCCAAGAUUCAAAAUUUCUUUUGGGUUUGAAGUCUCUAAUGUGCUGAAGGAGCUGGGAGUGGUUUUGCCUUUCUCUGUUGGAGGGUUGACAGAAAUGGUGGACUCUCCUGUGGGUCAAAACCUAUGUGUUUCCAACAUAUUUCACAAGUCUUUUAUUGAAGUAAAUGAAGAAGGCACUGAAGCUGCAGCGGCCACCUCUGCAACUAUACGAUUGAGGAGUGCGAUGCUUCCAACUAAAAUAGACUUCGUAGCUGACCAUCCUUUCUUGUUCCUGAUCAGAGAAGAUUUAACUGGAACAGUACUCUUUAUUUGGCAGGUGCUCGAUCCUCGUGCGGGAUGAUUUUAGUGGCCAUACACUGGACAACAUUGGUAGCAAAACUUAUGCCCUUAUUCUGUUAUCUUGAUUUACUUAUGGUGGGAUGAUCCAAAAUUCGUUAAUGUUUGACGGUUGACUUGGGAAAAAAAAGAAGUUCAUAUGGAUCCCCUUUUAUUUUUGUUGUUACCAGCAAUUAUUAGUUAUUACCUACGAGUGUUACAUGAGGGCCUAUGUAAUUACGUGAUUAGCCAAAUAUUCAUGCUUUAGUGGGAUGGUAAAAUGGUAAUAAAGUUAAUGGUGUGAUUAAGAUCAAGAAAAUUUCAAAAAUUUGUUAAUGCAUUUUGUGAAUUUUCUCUUAAA